GACUGACGAUACUUGGCGGGUGUCAUGUUUUUGGGGGGCUGUGACAGCACAAGCAUCACUUCAAAAGCAUCGACUUCGAUCUACUACUUCGAAUCAAAUCGACUACGACUACUUUACUCGAUUACUACAUCAAGCCAACACACCAAACCACAAUAAUGUCUUCUACCGCAAACACCCAGAAGAGGCAGAACAUCCUCUCCUCCUUCGCCGCUCACGCAAAGGCACACCACGAGGGCAUGAACCAGGCCUACUACGGCUCCUCCAACUCCACACCUACCGUCUCCACCCCCGCCUCGCUCGAGACUUCGCGCAACAACUCCGUCGUCGCCGGCAUGGUCGAAGCUCCCAAGUCCAAGACCAACGCCAGCAAGCUGUGGACUGCCAUCAAGAACCACCAUGACGAGAUGAACGCAGCCUACACCGCCUUCUACUCCCCGGGCCAGUCUCGCGCAAACUCUCCCCACGGCUCCGUCUCCUCGACUCCCCGCGCCUCUCCCCGCGCCUCGAUCGAGGAGCCCCACAGCGAGGAGGCAGCGCCCAAGCAGCCCACCAACCUCUCCAAGCACUGGAAGCAGCUCAAGACCAAGGUCGUCGAGCACCACAGGGGCGUCAAUCAGGCCUACAGGGCUGCGUACGGCGCGGGCUUCUAAGUGGAGCGAGGAGAACUGAAAUGAGAAGAAAAGUGAUUUACUGCAAGCGUUGAAUUUGGACUAUGGUUCUGCGAUAUACCAUUUGACUUUGUCUGGUUUGGGAACUGCGGGCGUUUAUAUAUGGGAAGGGAAGAGGGAUGGAGUGGAGGGAUGGAAAAGGAAUACCCAAUACUACUUAAUAUUAUAAUUCGAGAUACUAUACUAUCAAGCAUACUUGCGACACACUUCUAUUGCCACAUCUUGCGUGACUUGGAUCUUAUCUUGUGAAGACACGCCUUACACACCUCAGUCGUCGAUUGAUGUUGGUCGACACACCCCUGCGCUACAAAUCAGCCUAGGACACA